CCUGGGCCGGAGAUCUAAACAAUCUAAACAUUAAAUAGUACAGCUGCCUCAAAUCCCUGGGAAUUUCAGAAUGACUGACACUUCUGAAGCUGUUCCAAAUUUUGAAGAGAUGUUUGUCAGUAGAUUCACAGAUGACAAAGAGUACCAGGAAUACCUGAAACGCCCUCCUGAGUCCCCUCCAACUGUUGAGGAAUGGAAUAGCAGAGCUGGUGGGAACCAAAGAAAGAGAGGCAAUCGGUUGCAAGAUAACAGACAGUUUAGAGGUAGGGAUAGCAGACGGGGGUGGCCAAGUGACAAUCGAUCCAAUCAGUGGCAUGGACGAUCCUGGGGUAACAAUUACCCGCAGCACAGACAAGAACCUUACUACCCCCAUCAAUAUGGACACUAUGGUCACAACCAACAGCCUCCCUAUGGCUACUACUGAUAGAAAUGUCAGCAGUUUUUAGUAAAACCAUUUACUCUGUUAAUAUGACAAAAGUUUAUGUUGUGUUUUCUGUUGGUCAUAGUUUUACAUCUGAUUGUAGAGAGCGGACUGAUUUUUUGGAACU